UAUGUGAACCAGAGAAAAGAAUUUGCCUAGAUGAAAUGAAAACACAUCCAUACUUUGUAAAUAUAGAUUGGGAUAAUAUUAGAACAGUUUCACCACCAUUUGUACCAAAUGUUCAAAAUGAAAUCGAUACCUCAUACUUUGAAGGUGCUGAAAGUAUCGAUGAAGACGAAGAAGAAAGUGAAGGUGAUGAAUUAGUUGAAGCCGCCCAAGAAGCAAUGCAAACCUCCAAUGUAGAAGCUGACCCAGAAGAUAACAGUAUUAGAUUAAUGCCUUUUGGUGGUUUUAAUUUCCAAAGAUUUCCUUCUAUUGUUGAAGGUGCAAGAGCUAAAGGUUUAUUAAAAAGCUUUUAUGUUGAAGAAAAAUGUGUUUCAAGAGUACCAAGUGUAUCAUCAUUUAAUACUCAAGCAAUUGGUACAAGUGCUAAUUCAAAUUCUAAUUCAAACUCUAAUUCAAAUUCAAACUCUCCAACUAUAAACAGUGCCAACUCAACUAAUAAUAAUAACAAUAAUAGCAAUAGUAAUUUAUUGAAUCCAUCAACAUCAUCAAGCAAUGUAACCAUAGCAAACAAUAGCAAUUUAGUAAAUAAAACCACUACCAGCACAUCAUCAAGUCCUUCUGUAUCUUCAUAUACUUCAAAAAUUCCAUUAUUACGUGUUUCUUCAAAAAGUGUAAACACAAUCCAAAAUCAAACAUCCAACUCUUCGAAAAAAUAAAAUUAAAUAGUUAACAUUAUAAUAAUAUCAACAGUUAGAAUAAAAUUUAAUUUUUUUAUAUAUAUUUAAUUAUAUAUAUUUUAAACUUAUAGUUUAAUUACU